AUGUCCGUUAUUGCACACGUCGACCACGGAAAAUCUACGCUCACCGAUUCGCUUGUAUCCAAGGCCGGUAUUAUUUCUUCACAGAAAGCUGGCGAAGCACGUUUCACAGAUACUCGUGCUGACGAACAGGAACGUUGUAUCACGAUUAAAUCUACAGCCAUUUCAAUGUAUUUUGAAUUGCCAAAAGAUGAUCUAGUAGAUGUAAAGCAAAAGACUGAUGGCAACGAAUUCUUGAUUAAUUUGAUUGAUUCUCCUGGACACGUGGACUUUUCAUCUGAAGUAACAGCUGCUCUUCGAGUUACUGACGGUGCCUUGGUUGUUGUUGAUUGUAUUGAGGGUGUUUGUGUACAAACAGAAACCGUGUUACGUCAAGCCCUUACUGAACGAAUCAAGCCCGUAGUAAUUAUUAACAAAGUCGAUCGUGCCCUGCUAGAAUUACAACUUACCAAAGAAGAUUUGUAUACAUCCUUCCAACGUACAAUUGAAUCGGUAAAUGUCAUCGUUUCAACUUAUUUCGACCAAAGUCUUGGGGAAAUUCAAGUUUAUCCUGAAAAGGGUACUGUCGCUUUUGGAUCCGGACUUCAUGGUUGGGGGUUCACCCUUCGUCAGUUUGCCAAACGAUAUUCUAAAAAAUUCGGUGUUGACCAAGAAAAAAUGAUGCAAAAACUUUGGGGUGAAAACUUUUUCAAUCCUAAAACAAAGAAAUGGACCAAGCAAGCUGGUGACAACACUGAACGAGCUUUCUGCAUGUUCGUCUUGGACCCUAUCUUUAAAUUGUUUGAUGCCAUUAUGAACUUUAAGAAAGAUGAAGCUGCAAAGAUGAUCGAAAAAUUGGAAAUUACCUUAAAAAGUGAAGAAAGAGAAUUGGAAGGAAAAGCCCUUCUUAAGGUCGUAAUGCGAAAAUUCUUACCUGCCUCAGACGCUUUACUAGAAAUGAUAGUAAUCCACCUUCCAUCACCUGUAACCGCACAAAAGUAUCGAGCUGAAAUGUUAUACGAGGGUCCUGCUGACGAUGAAUGUGCCAUCGGUAUUCGUGACUGUGAUCCCCAUGCACCACUUAUGUUGUACAUAUCUAAAAUGGUACCGACAUCUGAUAAAGGUCGUUUCUAUGCUUUUGGACGUGUAUUCUCUGGUACUGUUAGAUCUGGUCUUAAAGUUCGUAUCCAAGGUCCUAACUAUCUACCCGGUAAAAAGGAUGAUUUGUUCGUCAAAUCUAUUCAACGUACAAUUCUUAUGAUGGGCCGUUAUGUUGAACCUAUCGAAGAUUGUCCUGCCGGUAACAUCGUUGGUCUUGUUGGUGUAGAUCAAUAUUUACUCAAAUCUGGUACUAUUACCACUUCGGAUUCUGCUCAUAAUUUGAAGGUCAUGAAGUUUUCAGUGUCACCUGUCGUUAAAGUAGCUGUUGACGUAAAGAAUGCAAACGACUUACCUAAAUUAGUUGAAGGAUUAAAACGUUUAUCUAAAUCAGAUCCUUGUGUGCAAGUUAGUACUUCUGAAUCCGGUGAGCAUAUUGUAGCUGGCGCAGGAGAAUUACAUUUGGAAAUUUGUUUAAAGGAUUUAGAAGAAGAUCAUGCUCAAGUUCCAAUCAAGACUGGUGAUCCGGUAGUAUCAUAUAGAGAAACUGUUCAAGCUGAGUCAUCAAUAACCGCCUUAUCUAAAUCACCGAAUAAACAUAACCGUAUAUUUAUGAAAGCUUCUCCGUUACAAGAAGAGCUAUCAAACGAUAUCGAAGCGGGUAAAGUUACUCCACGUGAUGAUUUCAAAGCACGUGCACGUAUCCUCGCCGAAACGUAUGGCUGGGAUGUUACUGAUGCUCGUAAGAUCUGGUGUUUCGGACCUGAUACCACUGGUCCAAAUCUGUUAGUAGAUACGACCAAGGGAGUUCAAUACCUUAAUGAAAUUAAGGACUCUUGCAUUGCUGCCUUUCAAUGGGCCACAAAAGAAGGUGUUUGCGCUGAAGAAAAUAUGCGUUCCUGCCGUUUCAACGUUCUUGAUGUAGUCUUGCAUGCUGAUGCUAUACAUCGUGGUGGUGGUCAAAUCAUUCCUACUUGUCGUCGUGUCAUUUAUGCUUCAGCUUUAACAGCCAUCCCUGGUCUCUUGGAACCUGUUUUCCUUGUCGAAAUCCAAUGUCCUGAAGGUGCUAUGGGUGGUAUUUAUGGUGUUUUGAAUAGACGUCGUGGUCACGUCUUUGCUGAAGAACAACGUCCUGGUACUCCAUUGUAUAACAUAAAAGCUUACUUACCUGUAAAUGAAUCCUUCGGUUUUACUGCCGAUCUUCGUUCAAAUACAGGAGGACAAGCUUUCCCUCAAGCUGUAUUCUCUCAUUGGCAACUUAUGAACGGAAAUCCACUAGAAGCCGGUAAAGUAGCAGACAUUGUUAAGGGAAUAAGAAAGAGAAAAGGCGGUGGCGGUAAUAAAAUCACCGAUAUUGUCUUGCGAAAAAUUACGUAUUGCUUGGACUUUGGUUUUGGAAUAAUCCAAGCUGGUGGUGUCAACUGCACGUUAAUGGUAGUGAGGUGGUGGGCAUUGGUAUCUAUUGGCAAGUUGGUCAACUUUAAGGAAAAUUCCAUCUUAGCCGGUCAUCAUUAA